AUGGCUACUCCAUUAAUGAAAUUGGUUCAGAAACCAAUAAAUACUAUUAUUGUACCCCGUCGAAAUUAUUAUGGUGGUAUCUAUGUAACUGGUCCACCUUGCAAUGCACUUAGUACCCGUAAGGCAUCAUUAUUAAGAUACCUGUUAAAUAUAACAAGACACCAUGAAUAUUCACGUUGUUUAUUAUUUCAACGUUCUUUAACAACAUAUGAACAACAUGAAUCUCCGACAAUUCCACAUACUCACACUGGUGGUGGUCUUGUUGGUAUUUCAGUUGCGUAUCAUUUAAAUGAAAUUGGCAUUAAAGAUGUAGUACUUGUUGAACAAGCAAAGCUAGCAUCGGCUGCUACUUGGCAAUCCGGAGGGCAAAUUUCUUUACUUCAAGGAACUGUGAUUGAAACAAUAUUUGCAAAGUAUUCGCGUCAGUUGUAUGAACAACUACAUAAUUCUGGACAUGACGUUGGUUUCACCGAGAAAGGAAGCCUCUGGCUUGCUCAGACAUCCGAUCGACUUCAUACGCUGAAACGUCAACUAGCUGAAGCAAAAGCGUUAAAUAUUGAUUGCGAGACAUUAAAUACAGAGAGAUUAUUGGAAAAAGCGCCAAUGAUUGAUCCACAUGAAAUAUGGGGUGCAUUAUGGGUACCUCAUGACUGUAUGAUAGAUCCGGUUUCUCUAUCAAUGACAUUAGCACAGUUAGCAAUGAAAGGAGGAGUGAAAAUAGUUGAAAAUUGUAGUGCAAAGGAAAUAAAUACAGAAAAGCAGCGUGCCGGACUAUAUCAUCAUGUAACAAGUGUAUUAACGUCUCAAGGCGAAAUCAAGUGUAAUUGGGCACGUGAACUUGGUUUUAACUCAAACCCUAAGGUUCGUAUUCCGACGCAAGCGUGUGAAUAUACUUGUUUAAAGACGAAACCAAUACCGAAUUUUCCUUCGAAUAUACCAAGUAAUAUGUCAAUUUUAGGCAUUGAUAGUGCAUUUAAUGCUGUACGUGAUUUUGUUUUAGUUAUACGAAACCCUGAUGAACACUUCUAUAUUCAACCAUUAGCAGAUCAAAGUGUCUUAAUUGGUGGAUUUUUACCGGAAUCACGGACAAUUUUUCCCAAUGGUGUACCAGACACGUUUAAUUUUUCAUUACUUCAAGAAAACUGGGACGAUUUUCAAAUUAUACUUAGCAAUGCAAUAAAGCGUAUAUCCAUCUUAGCUGAUGCCGAACAUGAAAGUUUGAUAACUGGCGCUGAUAGUUUUACGCCCGAUGGUAGGUUGAUCAUGAAUGAAUCAGCUGAGAUUGAUAAUUAUUUUGUUGCAACUGGAACAAAUGCGAAUGGUGUUGCCUUAGCCGGUGGCAUUGGUAAAUUUAUAGCUGAAUCAAUACAUUCGGGAGAUACAAAAACGAGUACAUGGCCCGUUGAUAUCAGACGAUUUAUGCGUUUACACACGAAUAAACGAUUCUUAAGUGAUCGUUUAAGAGAAAUACCGGGAAAACAGUUUUCUUUAAAAUAUCCAACGUAUGGUAUGUCAUUGUAUCGUACGGGAAGAAAAUUACGUGUAUCACCAUUACAUGCAAAAUUACAAGCGUUGCGUGCUGUAUUCGGAGAAUUACUUGGCUAUGAGAGACCAUUGUAUUUCAAUGAUGAAGAAGUAGGAAAAGAUGAUUACAUUGAGGAUCGUAUCAAACAAGGCACAUUUGGGAAGCCAAGAUGGUUUAAUGCCGUUAAGAAAGAGUACAAUGCGUGUAGAAAGGGAGUUGGCGUUAUCGACAUGACAUCAUUUACAAAAUUUGAAAUAAAAUCAGCCGGAAAAAGCGUUAUUGACUUUUUACAAUAUUUAUGUGCCAACAAUAUAGACAAACCAAUUGGUUCUAUAAUUCAUACUGGAAUGUUGAAUCAAAAUGGAGGCUAUGAAAAUGAUUGUAGUGUUGUCCGACUCGGAGAAUAUCAUUUUCUUAUAAUCAGUCCAACAUCUCAAUCAACACGAAAUAUUAAAUGGUUAAAAUCUCAUUUUCCCGAGGAUGGUUCAAUCUUUUUGUCUGAUGUUACAUCACUUUAUACAGCAUUGAACGUUAUUGGUCCAAAAGCCAAACAUUUACUCGCUGAAUUAAGUGAUGAACCAUUCAAUGAUUUUGCUCGUAUGACUUGCAGAGAAAUUGACGUUGGUUUUGCUAGUCAUAUUUAUGCCAUGCGUCUUACGCAUACUGGUGAAGAUGGAUUUAUGUUAUAUGUUCCAUCUGAGUAUGCACUGUGUUUAUAUGAUUUAUUGAUAGAGCAAGGCAAAGACUACGGUAUAAUUAAUGUCGGAUAUUUUGCAAUGCGAACACUACGAAUUGAAAGAAUGUAUGCUUUUUGGGGACAAGAUUUAGAUAAGAUGACAACACCACUCGAUUGCAAUCGAGAAUUUCGAGUUCAUUUUGACAAAAAUUUCAUUGGAAAAGAAGCAUUAUUAGCGCAACGAAAAGAAGGAAUAAAACAGCGUUUUAUACAAUUUUUACUAGAAGAUCAUGACCUUGAUUUGGACCCAUGGCCAUGGUCUGGAGAACCAAUUUAUCGAAACGGACGAUUUUGUGGUUUUGUUACAUCAACAGCCUUUGGUUUCACACUUGGGAAACAGGUCUGUCUUGGCUAUGUGCAUACAGAUGGAAAAGAUGUGAUUACAACAGAUUAUAUUCGAAAUGCCACGUAUGAAAUUGAUAUUGCUGGUAAAAGGUUUAAAGCAAAAUCGAAUCUCUAUCAACCAAGUGAAAUGGGACCGACAGUUCAGUUGAGUACACCCUGA